AUAAAGUCGGCCAUGGACCGGGACAGGCUCUCGACGGAAGCAGGCGUUAUCGCGUUCGAGAUGGAGGGCGCCGGCGUUUGGGACGAGUUGCCUUCCAUCAUAGUCAAGGGAGUAUGUGACUAUGCGGACAGCCGCAAGCACAAGGCAUGGCAGAAUUUUGCUGACGCGACGUCGGCAUGGACAUACAAGGCAAUUCUGGAACGCUAUAUCCGAGCCGAUAUAUAG